AUGCGAGCUGUUCUGAUUGAUACGGAUCGGACCCUGCAGCACGCAUCUAGAGGGGCUCUUCAGUUCAGAAGACCUCCCUCCCCACUUAGAGAUAAAAGUGUCUGUUGUGGUGCUCUGACUCGCUGGCUCCAGAAGCAGCCGCACAUUUGCAUAACGUUUAAAGAAUCAGGAAGUGAUCUGCGGCAGUUCAGCCGAGCGAGGCCGAGGGAACGGAACGAGACCGAGGGAACGGAGCGAGGCCGAGGGAACGGAACGAGACCGAGGGAACGGAGCGAGGCCGAGGGAACGGAACGAGACCGAGGGAACGGAGCGAGGCCGAGGGAACGGACCGAGGCCGAGGGAACGGAGCGAGACCGAGGGAACGGAGCGAGGCCGAGGGAACGCCACGCUCCGUCUGCAGCGUCAAAGACACAUGUGAACCAGGUCUGA